AUGUCCCACCUCUACGGCCAUCGUCUGGCUCCGCUGGCCAGCUCCCCCAUGCUCUACCUCUACGGGCCGGACCGGCCGGGGCUGCCCUUGGGGUUCACCGCCCCCGCCCACCUGGUGGGCCCGGGCCGGCCGGAGCCCCCCCAGAAGCCGCCCUACAGCUACAUCGCCCUCAUCGCCAUGGCCAUCAAGGAUGCCCCCGAGCGACGGGUCACCCUGAACGGCAUCUACCAGUUCAUCAUGGACCGCUUCCCCUUCUACCACGACAACAAGCAGGGCUGGCAGAACAGCAUCCGCCACAACCUGUCGCUCAACGAGUGCUUCGUCAAGGUGCCCCGCGAGAAGGGCCGGCCGGGCAAGGGCAGCUACUGGACCCUGGACCCUCGCUGCCUGGACAUGUUUGAGAACGGCAACUACCGGCGGCGAAAGAGGAAGCCCAAACCGGGCCCGGGGGCGCAGGAGGCCAAGAGGAGCCGGGCGGAGGGCAGCGGGCCCGGGCCGGGACCGGCGGCCCCGGCCCCGCCGGCCAAAGGCGCGGACAAGCCCACGAGCUUCAGCAUAGACAGCAUCCUGGCCGGUCGGCAGGGCCGCGCCAGCCCCGGGGCCGCCAAGCGCCUCCACCCCGCCGGCGCCCUCGGAGGCUGCUCGCUCUUGGCCAACUCGUCCGGCCUCUGCCCGGCCUUGGGCGCUUCCCUGAUGCUCGAGUCCCCCGGGCCCGGGAGGUUCUACCAGCUCGGCCUCCCUUUCCUGUCCUACUUCCCCCUGCACCUCUCCGACGCCGUCUUUCACUUCCAGUAA